CAGGAGUUACACAGCUCAGGAACACCGCCAGCAAGCAGCAGCCUGGUCCUCUCACAAGGGAAUAACACAGCUCUCCAGCGCGCAGAGGAAACUGCUCUGAGAUAUUCAAGCAACUGAUAAGUAAUAGAGACAGAGGUGUCUGGAACUCUAAGGAGCGGGCUCACACACAGUCCGCUGUCUACUGUAGUCUGAAAGUCCAACCCAGACGGCUGAAGUGUCAGAAUGACCAGCGCUGCCAUGACCUGGAUCCAUGUCCUCUCCCUCUGUCUCUCCCUCCUGCUGUUGUGCAUCAGGGACUCAGCUUCACUCUUCCUGCCUGAUUCCAAGGAGCUCAGGCAGCUGCUGAGCCGCUACGAGGAGGAAGCGGAUCAGAAUGGCACCAGCAACGCACCUGGCAAUAGGACCCGAAGAGCCAUCCGCUGGUCUGACCGUGAGGAGAUCCUCCAGCUGCACAACAAGCUGAGGGGCAGCGUCUACCCCACAGCCUCAAACAUGGAGUACAUGGUUUGGGAUGAUGAGUUGGAGCGGUCUGCCACUCAGUGGUCACAGGAGUGUCAAUGGGAUCAUGGACCUCAGGACCUGCUCAUGUCUAUUGGACAAAACCUGGCUGUUCACUGGGGAAGGUACCGCUCUCCUGCCUUUCACGUCCAGACCUGGUAUGAUGAGUCGCAAUACUACACCUAUCCCUACCCACAUGAGUGCAAUCCCUGGUGUCCAGAACGCUGCUCUGGUCCCAUGUGCACCCAUUACACCCAGAUGGUCUGGGCAACCACUACCAGAGUGGGCUGUGCUGUGCAUAUGUGUCCAAGGAUGAACGUGUGGGGAGAAAUAUGGGAGAACUCCGUUUACCUUGUGUGCAACUAUUCCCCAAAGGGAAACUGGAUCGGUGAGGCUCCAUACCAGCAUGGUCGCCCAUGUUCUCAGUGCCCUCCCAGCUAUGGAGGAGGAUGUAGGAAUAACCUGUGCUACAAAGACUCUCAGCGCUCAGAGACAGAGGACAUGAAUGAGGUGGAGAAGCCUCAGGUUCCACUGCUACCUCGUACCACCGCCAAACCUGCCCCCAAACCUAAACCAUCUGUUCCGAAGAAACCAGUGUCCAAACCCUCCACUCCUAACUCCCCCACACCCAAGAUGCCAUCUUCAAAGACUCCCAGCAACACCUAUCUCGCUCAAAACAUCAAGUGCGAGACUAGACUGCGAGAUAAGUGUAGAGGUGCAGCCUGCAACAGAUAUAAUUGUCCCGCUAAUUGUCUGAAUAAGAAAGGGAAAGUCUGGGGAAAUGUCUUUUACGAUGUGCAAUCAAGUAUUUGCCGAGCUGCUAUCCAUUUUGGUGUCAUUGACAACAAUGGAGGACUGGUCGACGUCACAAGGAGUGACAAGUUACCAUUCUUUGUCAGAGUCACAAAGAAUGGCAUUGAGUCAUUCAGUAAACAUAAACCCGGGAAUGCCUUUGUGGUGGCUCGAGUGGAAGAAAUGACUGUUGACUGCUACACCACAGUGGCUGAAAUCUGCCCUUUCAAAAAGCCCUACUCACACUGUCCAAGAAUUGUCUGUCCAGCCGGCUGCAAGACUCAGCCGUCUUAUUGGUCACCUGUGAUUGGAAACAACGUCUACACAGAUAGCUCCAGUAUUUGUAAAGCAGCCAUCCAUGCAGGGGUAAUCAAAGCAGACGGCGGUUUGGUGGAUGUUCUGCCACUGGACAAGAGAAAGAACUAUGUUGGAGUCCUGAAAAAUGGCAUCCAGUCUGAGAGCAAGAGCAACACAGAUGGAGGCUCUCUCCGAGUCUUUGCUGUGAGGGAGUGAGACUUCCGUUCAGAAGUCCAAAGACCACCUCAGCUGCUCUUGAAGAGCAGGAAGUGCCCACAGGUUGGAUAUCAUGGCUGUUAAUCUGGUCUCUGUGCCUUCAGUGGAAACAGAACGUCCCAGCAGACUGAUAGACACUUGUUGUCCUGUAUUUUGAUGGACUUUUGUUUUUUUCUCACUUUUAACUCCAGAUAUGUAUAUUUCUUAGACAUACUUACUUAAUCUGUGAAUACAGAAUGUUUUUAUAUAUUAUGGUGCAGUGAACAGCUGGUGCUGGAAGUUUUGAGUUAGACAUGUUUUACAGAAAGUAUUAUGUUUACAUUGAUGUUCUUUUUACAAAUUCAAAUUGGUUUUCAUACACAGGAAUGUAUACUGAUCACACUGUAUUUAAUCAUUCUGUACAGAAUAUAUGAUAUUUUGUUUGUUUUAAAAAUAGAGUACCAUAUAUUAACAUUAUUAUGAUUUCUUUUUUAUUUCAUUGCCUGUUUCUGCUCACCUGAAUAAUCUAUGCUUUCUCCUCUUGAAGAUUUAGACUGUGAAACCAAAUCAAAGUCUAAAUUGUACCAUAAUAAGAUGUAUGAAAAUGCUAAAUUUGUCCUCUCCCCACCUAAGACAGAUGAAUGUGUUACAUGUUUCAGGUACAGAUAGAGUUUUAUGUGUAGAGACUAGACCAUAUUUUGAACUGUGCGAAUAUGUUAAAGAUUAUCAUCAUCAAACUGCAGUUUAUGCACUUUGGAACAAUUAACACUAUCCAGUGCAUGCAGGACACAGACACUUCACUUGUAAUGUCUAUCACUAUACUGGAUUGAGGCGCGAUUGCCACUGGUACAGCCCUGAUUUGAAUUUAUGAAUUGAAUUUGUGUUCAUUGCUCUCUGUACAUGUUUCUAAAGUGUCACUUAAAUGCACAGAAAACAAUACACUUAGCAUAGUUAGCAUCCCUUGUGGAAAUGAAUGAAACAAAUGUCCAGUUUGUGCUGCUGGACUGGGGUGUCCAGUUAGGGUCCUAAAUAACAUCACAAACAUUAUAGAACAGUACCAUUAAGCCUUGCCGCCCUGUCAGUUUCCUUGAGGUUACAAACAUGCUGCAAGACCGUAAAAAUGUCACAGAUACCUGGCCUGAAAAAUCUGACUCACCAAAAUAAUUUCCUUCAAGCAUAUUUCAACUUUAUCUCUUUAUUCUACCUCAGUCCUAUCGCUACGCUAGGCAUUUAGGUCUUUUCUAUAUGGGAAUUUUAUGGGAAAUGUAAAUACUAUGAUUUCUUGUUUUUGGAUAAUCCAUUAUGCAGUAAGAUAUCAUUAAAAUUUGUAAAUUAA